UUCCUCCCGCGUUCACGACGACUAUGAUGGUGAUGCUGAUUGUGAUGAUGGACUGGUGUUGGACCCUGACCGAUUAUUACCGGGCAGCUGUAAUUGAGGCCUGCUGUGGGUAAUCUGCGCGCGUGUAAUUGUUGUAUUUUUUAUGUCGGCCUCGUAUAAUAAUGUCUUUGAUCAUUCCACUGCUGGAUGACGGCCUCCAUCCCACGCCGUCACGGCGAGUCGGGGGGGGGGGACUUGUAAGCGGGGAACUGCAGAACCGAUUCGGGUUACUCGUCAACUGAUGUGAACCGUGGUCAAGAAUCGAACCUAGGAAGCUGGGGUUACAGCGCAGCGCGUUAACCACAGUUCCACUUAUUUACGGCAGUGGAUUUCGCACUGUGCUAGGAACCAAGCCACCUGAGUUCGAUUCCUGUGCACGGCUAACGUACGCGGCGAGUGAUGCCUGAACCGCUCAUUGAGCCGUGCACCCCCCCCCCCCCCCAUUCAACCCAGGCAGACUAACGCGGGUGAAGUAUGGCCAGGCAGCCUCCGUUGACUUAUCGGAACGGCGUGACGAGGCCUGCCGCAAUGGAUUGACUUCAGGGAUGUAAAUUUAGUCCGGCUGAUUUAAUCACGCGUGUAGUCAAUGUGUGUACACACGGGAGUAUACAGAUGCCCUAUUUUAAACACCGUGUGAAUUAAUCACCGAGUCUCAAGGCUCCCCUUCUCACGAAGAUCCUGCUACAUUGGGAUGUUUGGCCGAUUUCCAAUUUUUUUAAGUCAGUUUUUACUUCGCGUGGAAGGAAACUGGGAGUAACCCGGUGAAAAUCCACCGCGCUCGGCAGGGAAUAACGUCUAGAGCUCCGUACAGAUGGAUUAAAUCCGUUUUCGGUGCACACCUCUCCUUGAUCUACCAACCCUUUCAUCCAUAGCGCUAAACCGCAGGCGUAGAUCGCCAUCACGCCUGGCCCUGUGAUCACGAUUUAAUACCGAUUGUGAUCAUGAUACAAUGAAUGAUUGUGAUGGUGAUCUUAUGACGAGCAUUAUUAUAAGCAAGAUCUGGAAGUGGGAGAUAGGUGAUGUCCUUGACGCCAAGAAAAUUGCAGAGUGACAUGUGCAACGAUGUGAAACUUCCUGCCUCUAAUUCAGCUACACGUGCAGCCCUCUUUUAUAAAUCCCCCGCUGGAUGAUAGCCUCCCCAUGCUGGGUCGCGGAGGUAUCUAUACAACACUGAUUCUCUAUACAAGUUAAUUGGUGUCUAAUGAACAAUUGAGUAAUUUAGUCAUUGGUGGUUAUGCUUCCUAUGGUAGAUGUGGAGCAACAUUAAAUGUUUUGAUGAGGUGGUCGAGCCAGAUGAUUGUGUCAAGAGUAGCGGAGUGGAGCAUCCCUCGCAAGACCCUCUUCCACCCUGGUGACCAGGUCGAGACCAGCUCCCUAAACUUGAGAACCCAGUUGGGCGGCUGAAACCUUGGCUCAAACCCAGGUUCUCGGCUACAUCAGGGUCCCAUGAUCCGCUCUGGUACCCCACAGGCUCGAGGAACUGAAACACCGGGGUGCGGGGAAGGUGAGACGCGCGAUCCUUCAUCGUCCGAGACCCCGAGGAUGGAAGCAUCUGCAUCAUUGCCAACGUGUCAGCGACAUUCCAGGUCCAGUACGAGCUCGAGGACGGCUCGAUGGGAAUGGCGACCUUCGACCUCCCGCUGAACGCGUCCACGGUGGGCACCGAGUGCGGCGGUGGUGGCCGCGACGUGGACCUGAUGCUGAGCUUCAGCAAGUGGCGGCACACGCUCUCCGUCGUCAUGAACCACAACAGCAUUUCCUUCCGCGGCGACGCGUGGCACUUCAUGUACAACCUCGGCGACCCAGAAAUCUUCCCCAGCGCCAGGGACAAAGAUAUCAAGGUGGUCUUGUUCGAGAGCGACAUCGCGGCUCCGCUCAACACGGCGUUCACUUGCUGGGCCAAGCAGUCGGCCACCUCCAAGCAUGCCUCCGUCAUGCUGUGGAACCUGCGCAUACAGCCCUACGUGGUCGACGAUGAAAUUAGCAACGUGGCGACUCACUGUAAGGGGGACUUUCCGCUCACGACCCCCUCGACUUCUACCACUGCGACCCCGAGCCCUGCGACCCCAAGCCCUGCAACCCCAAGUCCCGGCCCCGCGAACCCGAGCCCAAGCCCCACGGGCCCUCCGCCGGCCGUCCCCGUCGGCUCCUACAACAUCAGCGUGGGCAACCACAGCUGCCUGCUGGCGCAGAUGGCGCUGGAGGUGGUGCUGGUGUACAGCACGGUGCGCAAUGAGACGCGGCGCGGCGUUCUCCACGUGAACCCCAACGCGACGCGUGCCACGGGUUCAUGCGGCGACGCCACGGCCAGCCUCUCGCUCUCCUUCAGCCAGGGCGCCGUGUUCCUCGGCUUCAGCGCGAACAAAUCCACGGACAAGUUCUACCUCACGUCGGUGAACGUGACGCUGCUUGACGCGUUCCCGGACGCACCGUGGCUGGAGCUGGCGGGGCGCAACGGGAGUCUGGCGAUGUUCGCGGCGCCGCUCGGCCGCUCCUACAGCUGUGCGAGCCAGCAGACGGUGGUGGUGACGCCCGCGCUGGAGCUGCUCGUCUCCCACCUGCACCUGCAGCCCUUCCACGUGACGAAGGGACGCUACGACAUGGCCGUGAGCUGCCCCCAGGACUCUCUGCUGGGCUUCGUGCUGCCCCUCGUGGUUGGCGCCGGGCUGAUAGUCCUCGUCUUCAUCUCCGUGCUCGCGUACGGCAUCGGCCGGAAGAAGAGCCGCACCACCUACGAUGAGAUCUGAGGCUGCUCGGCGAUUUCGGCGGGGACAAAGACGUGUUCUGGUAGUUGUUUUUUGGGUCCCUGCCGAUUUUUGCUGCCGCACAGUCCUAGCAAGGGAGUCGUUACCAACUCGAUGACUGACCCUACGGUGUGUUUACGUGGUUGUGCUGUAUAAUCUCUGCACGUGUUUCGGGUUGCACCGUGCGGUGUUCCGCAUAUCUGACGUUUCGCUCCCCCGCCCCUCCUGCGCGGUGGGCGCUUAAAUUAUUUUAAAAAUUCCGAGGAAGCUGUCUCAGUCCGGUGGAACAUAAUUUCGGCCAUCGUGCCAAGCCACACGCGGUGCGACCCACAAAGGCCCGGAGGAGGAUUAUUUUGCACGCUUCUGUAAAGUCCGAAAAGGAGCCGUCGUCAGGUUGAUGGGCACGAUGCCUCCGUGCGUGCGCUGCCUUGUCGACGUUUCUGCUUCACGGCACUGGCAUAGCUAUUGAGAGGUGCAGGCGGUGCAACUGCACUGGGACCCACUGGCUGGGCUAUGACCAGGGGAGGGGGCGGGGAUUGGACUGCCCCCCCCCCCUCAUUUCAGUCUUCACUUAAACAUUUUGUCAGAGGUCAUCUUCUUGUUUGACUUUGUUCCAAAAAAAACGCAAAAACGUUCCGUCGCUCGCGUGAAACGCGGUGCCACCAAAGCGUGGUUAUUUACCCCGCUGCGAUGCAGGUGGGGGUAGCCGUAAAUGUGCACAUUUCUCUCGUGCUAUCUCGCUCUCUGCGCGCACAGCGCUUCGUUAUUUUCAGCGCCGGUUUUGUUCCCCGUCGUGCGAAGUGAAUGGGUUUUCUCGGAGCGCUGGCUUUGCUCUCGCCAAGCCACGGAAAUUAUGACCCGCUGGCUGCAUUAACAUUGCGGCUCGCGGUGAAGCGCUUUCAGAACCAGUUAAUUGGGUGAAUUAUUUAACGUGAGCUAAAAGUAAGCCGUUUGUUCCGCAAUAAAUAGCGGCGGUGCAAAUGCACCACCCGACGAAGGCUGCUAUAAUGAGCCCCAUUGCUGUAUAAUAAUCACCUGCUUGCACUCCAGCCGUCAUUAUACCGUUUGCAUUCAGUGCUAUUAGCGAAAGGUGGUGAUUUGCCCCCCCAUAUGUAUUUUAUUGAAAGGGAGCUUGGGCAUAAAUGGUGGUGGUUGGUGGUGACUGCCCUGUUUUACGUGGAAAAGCACAGCGCGUCGACCCCCAGGUUGGGAGCAGCGAUUUGCCUUCGUGUAAAUGACGCUUUGCGAGAUUUAAUUGUUUCCAAUUCCAUGUACACAACCGGUAUUUAUAUAAUAUAUACAACACCAGGAGGUUUGCCUCGCUCUCGCAAUCGUCACUUCCAUUUGAAUGAGCUCAUGAAUCGCGUGUGUGUAAAUAAAGGACAUUGCGAAUUUGGUGGUG